UCCCGGGAGGAUUCGGGGGCUCGGCGCCGCGCCCGCCCUCUUGCUGGCGCUCGGAGCUGCUUCUGCUCACUGCGACUCGCCGCACCAGUUCAGUGCAAAGACUCUGUGAUAAGAUGUCAACCCUCAGGGUUCGAGCAAAGAAAAAGGCAGCUUCAUUUGACCAGUCUUCAGAUAGUCUUCCUUUGAGGAGUUCCGGGAGGCAGGUGAAGAAAAAAGUAGCUGAAGUAGCACCAGAUGAUGAUGAUGAUGCCUCAUCUGAGAAGAAGUACAGGAAAUGUGAAAAGGCUGGAUGUACAGCAACUUGUCCAGUUUGCUUCUCAAGUGCUGCUGAAAGGUGUGCAAAAAAUGGCUAUACAUCUCGAUGGUAUCACCUAUCCUGUGGGGAACAUUUUUGCAAUGAAUGCUUUGACCAUUACUACCGGAGUCACAAAGACGGGUAUGAAAAAUACGCUGCUUGGAAAAGGAUAUGGACUAGUAAUGGGAAAUGUGAGCCUAGUCCCAAAGCUUUUAUGGCUGAUCAACAGCUUCCAUAUUGGGUUCAGUGCACAAAACCUGACUGUGGAAAAUGGAGACAGCUUACAAAGGAAAUUCAGCUUACGUCACAAAUCGCGCAGACAUAUCGCUGUGGUACCAAACCAAACACCUCAGUUAAGACGGAGGGCUCAGACCAGUGCUCCCAACCAGAGGAUCUAAGAGUCGCUGAAGUGUCUAAUCACUGGUGGUAUUCCAUGCUUAUCCUUCCUCCCUUUUUGAAAGAUAGCGUGGCUGCACCUUUACUAUCUGCCUAUUAUCCUGACUGUGUGGGCAUGAGCCCCUCCUGUACCAGCACCAACCGAGACCCCAGUGAAGCCAGCCCCGAGAAGGUGGAGCAGUGCAAGGCUGUUCCAGGUGUCUUUGUUCCUGGCAUGAACCAGUACUUCCAGCCUUUCUACCAGCCCAAUGAAUGUGGAAAAGCCCUCUGUGUGAGGCCAGAUGUGAUGGAACUGGAUGAGCUCUAUGAAUUCCCAGAAUAUUCACGGGACCCCACCAUGUAUUUGGCUUUGAGAAACCUUAUCCUUGCUCUGUGGUAUACUAAUUGCAAAGAAGCACUUACCCCUCAGAAGUGCACUCAUCACAUUAUCGUCCGAGGCCUUGUGCGCAUUAGAUGUGUUCAGGAAGCGGAGAGGAUACUUUAUUUUAUGACGAGAAAAGGUCUGAUCAAUACUGGGGUUUUGUCUGUCAGCCGUGACCAUCGUCUUCUCCCAAAAGACUACCACAAUAAAUCAGUUAUCAUCGUUGGGGCUGGUCCUUCAGGAUUAGCAGCUGCUAGGCAGUUGCACAACUUUGGGAUUAAGGUGAUCGUCCUAGAAGCCAAAGACCGGAUUGGUGGAAGAGUCUGGGAUGACAAAUCCUUUAAAGGAGUCACAGUUGGAAGAGGAGCUCAGAUUGUCAAUGGCUGUAUAAACAACCCUAUAGCCCUAAUGUGUGAGCAACUUGGCAUCCAAAUGCACAAACUUGGAGAAAGAUGUGACUUGAUCCAGGAAAGUGGAAGAAUCACUGACCCUACUAUUGAUAAGCGCAUGGACUUCCACUUUAAUGCCAUUUUGGAUGUUGUUUCUGAGUGGAGGAAAGAUAAAACUCAACUACAAGAUGUUGCUCUAGGAGAAAAAAUCCAGGAAAUCUACAAGGCUUUUAUUCAGGAAUCUGGCAUCCAGUUCAGUGAGCUAGAGGAACACGUGCUUCAGUUCCAUCUUAGCAACUUGGAAUAUGCAUGUGGCAGCAACCUAAAUCAGGUGUCUGCUCGCUCGUGGGACCACAAUGAGUUCUUUGCUCAGUUUGCUGGUGAUCACACACUUCUGACUCCAGGGUAUUCUGUAAUAAUUGAGAAGCUGGCUGAAGGAUUGGACAUUCGACUUAAAUUUCCAGUUCGGACCAUUGACUAUUCUGGGGAAGAUGUCCAAGUCACUACCAUAGAUGGUACAGUUUGGGCAGCACAAAAGGUCUUAGUCACUGUACCUUUGUCCUUGCUCCAGAAAGGUGCUAUUCAGUUUAAUCCACCAUUGCCAGAGAGGAAAACAAAAGCCAUCAACAGUUUAGGCGCAGGAAUCAUAGAAAAGAUUGCCUUGGAAUUUCCUUAUAGAUUUUGGGACAAUAAGAUUCAAGGAGCUGAUUUUUUUGGCCAUGUUCCUCCUUGUUCCAGCAAGCGUGGACUCUUUGGUGUCUUUUAUGAUAUGGAUCCUCAGGGUAAAUACAGUGUUUUGAUGUCAGUCAUCACUGGAGAGGCUGUAGCAUCCAUUAAGAACCUGGAUGACAAACAAGUCCUACAACAGUGCAUGGCCACACUCCGGGAACUAUUCAAAGAGCAGGAAAUACCAGACCCAGUAAACUUUUUUGUUACUCGGUGGAACACAGAGCCAUGGAUCCAGAUGGCAUAUAGUUUUGUAAGAACAGGUGGAAGUGGUGAAGCUUAUGACAUCCUAGCAGAAGACAUACAAGGAACUAUUUUUUUUGCUGGUGAGGCAACAAAUAGGCACUUUCCACAAACAGUCACCGGUGCAUAUUUGAGUGGUGUACGAGAAGCAAGCAAGAUAGCAGCAUUUUAAUUCUAAUUUUCUCUGGACCCAGCUCUUUCUCCCACGGGAAAAACAUUGCAAACAAAGAUGGACACCAUUCCAACUGAUUUUUCUCACUUAAACUUUUUGGAUACCAGAAAUUGAAAUAUUUCUGUUGUGACAUAUUGAUGUAUAUUGUUUAGCACUAAAUAUGGAAGCACUAGCCACAGAAAAUGAUUGUUAGCACUUAUAUUUGACUUUAUUUUCCUCUUAACUAGCUCACAUCAUGCCUAUAUAGCCCUUUGUGUUUCAGACAGUAAGGCUAUGGACAUUUAGUGACCUUGUGUCUUAAAGUAAGGUUCAUGGUUGGAGACUUACUUCAAAUUUGUAUUUCAUCCAGCUUGUCACCUUCAAAAGGUGAAAAGUUAAGGGAAUCAUUGAACAACCUAGAUGUAGCCAUGAAUCUAAAUCAUGAAAAUUCAUCCUCUUUACCACAUGAGCCUUAAGACUUUUGUAUCUCCCUAAAACUAAGUUUUUAUUUUCGGCUUGAAUUACAAAGACUGGCAUUAUGCAGAUCUUUGCUUUAAUCAAACAUAAGCUGAAACUCUGAGACUAUUUUUUGUACUGUACAUAUUUCAUCCAGUUGGCUACUUGGAGGGUAUUUAAAUUUUAGAAAUCUUUUAUGAUAAAACAUUUUCUAUUUGUUCAGUCACAUUUGCAAGAGAGCCAAAAGUAAUCUCUUCUCAAGAGCAAAUUUCACAAACCAUUGAAUGCUUAGGAAAUUAGCCUGAAAAACUGAGAAUCGGAAAUAAACAAACUUUAUUUAGUUUUUGUAUUAAAGUGGCAUUAAAAAAACUUUUUUUGAAGCCAAACUUCAUGGUUAAUAUACUUGAAAUAUCCUUAAGUAUGGCAAUCACUAUUAAAGAUUUGAGAAAAUAAUUUUAUAAAGCUUAGAAAAGAUUUUUGCUAGAAAUAAGACAAAUAACUGGAAUAUAUCUUCUAAUAGAUCUCUGCUCAGAAUAUUCCAUAGGCAGGUCCAGUGGAAAAUUACAGAAAAAUGUCAGAUUUUCCUAAUCAUCCCCCCCCAUUUUAGAUUAACCCCAUUCUACCCUAUCUCACACACGCUCUUGCCUACAAACACAAUGAAUACUUAUUUUGAUUAUAGAGUGCUUAGUGUAAUGUUACUUAAAACAUAUUUUCAGGAAGUUUACCUUAUAAAGAGAUUCAAUGAGGGAAAGCUAUUUUGUGUUAUUUGUCCCACUGUAAAUACAGUUUCAUCACAAUCUGCAAUGUAAAUGUCUGGGAAUAAAGAUAACUAGAUUUUUUUUUUUUCCUAAUCCAAACAUGGCAAUUUAACUUGCUUUUCAGUGAUUUAAAAAUUGAAUCUUAAGGAUAUAACCUAAACAUUUCUGUUUAAUAUUCAGAUCUAAAUCAACCAUAAUUACUUCCACCAUUAGUUACGUUUAUCUGUAAGAGAACAGUGGUACUAGUUAGAAUAUUACACUUUAAACUAUUGAGCAUGUUAAAAGUAUGGCAGGAAUUAAGUAAUCAGUGCAAAGCAUCAAGUUUGAAACAGUACACACAUACACAACACAAGUAAAUUAUUAAGUCAGUAUAUAUGAGGACAUUUAAAAACUGUACUUCUAGUUGUGGGGACAAACAUGCCUAAAUGGAAAAUUCUAGUAAAUGUUUAUAUUUUAAAACAUUUAAUGUUUCAGAAACUAGUAGGCUGUGGUUUGAGGCUUUGUUAUUUAACAGGCCACAAUAUUCUUUUUCUCAGUCUUGGGAAUUAAUGUGCAUGUUUUUCCAUUUUGUCUACAAAGACCUGUAAAUAUGCAAUGAAUGGUUUUUUUUUAAAGUAUAUUGUUUGAAUGCAGAGCAUGAUCUCUUGUUGUGUGACUAUGUUAAAGAUGCCUAAUAAAACUGGAAAUGUC